CGUCGAAUUAUUUUAUUAGAGACAAAGUUGAAAGGUAACAUAUAAAUUGAAGUAUAAUUUGAAUUUAUCUCAAUCAAAUUACUGCUAUUGGAUAGCAGUCCAAGGAUAGCAAUCCAAGGAUAGCAAUCCAAGCAUAGCAAUCCAAGGAUAGCAAUCCAAGAAAGAAAUCCAAAGAUAGCAAUCCAAGGUUGAAUCCAUGACAUGUUCUGUUAAUAUUUUUGGGAAGAGAAGUAGCAAUCUGGUGGUCGGAUAAGAAGACUUUUAACGUCCAGAAACAUGUUUAUCAACAGUCUGACAGUCCAUUCCAUGUUCCUGUGAACAUCAUAGUCUGCAGUUGUUCUCUUUGAAAUGAAUUCUGACCCCUAGGCACACUGGGCAAACACUGGUGUUCGACAUUGAUUUCGCAUGAGACUUUUUACAGCUUAGUGAGUUAUUGGUUUUUCAUUGAGAACUUUUUUGAGGUUAACUUAUUUACACUUUUGAAUCUCUCAUAUAACUUUUGAAGUAACUACGAUAUCGACGCCAUGGAUAUAAUUGUGGAAAAUUUUUUGUCCCCCACGUCACUAUGGCGGCUGAUUGUGACGUUAUACUUAAGUGUCCUAUUAGCACUAGGUUUAUGAUGUUAUGUUGGUUAACAUUGUGAAUUUUUUCAAAUUUAUACUUCGUGAACCUCGUCAUGUUAAUAUUCUUGAAUGUAAACCAUUCUAGAGCGUGUAUAUCCUAACCUAACCUUAACGGAUGAUUCAAAGUGCAGAUAAAUUGAAAAAAUUGAAGUUACGAGUUUACGACUGUGCAUUCAAAUGCUCUCUCUGUUGGUCAUCGCUCUCGCUCAGUAUGCGAUGAACAAUUCAUAAUGCAAUUUGUCCAAAAUUAAAGAUUUAGUGUAUAUUAAUGUAAUAGUAUUCGAUGAGAUUGUGUCCACCCAGCAAAGGUGAUCGAACGGUGAAAUCAUCCUGGAAUAGUCCAUUGUUGAAUAGUAAUAAAAAAAACCUUUGUUUACUUGAGAUUCACAAUUUCACUGUUUUCCAAGCUGCAAUUUCUAGAACCACUUGCAAUAUUCAUAUUGAACACACUGUUUACUGCCACCACUACACACGAAGCCGUAAUAAUAGUAGCAGAGCACCAUCAAAUUUUUGUGUAAGUAUGUUCACGGAUUCAAAUGCUUUGAAUGACCUGCAGAAGACAUUAUCAUUUUCAACGCUUGGAGUAGUAUUUCUGACUUUUACGAUCAGCUGAAAAAGCUCGCAUUUGCAUUUCCUUUUGGGUUCUCUAUAUAUACUUCAUAUCAAUCUUUUUCAAACAUAAGCAUGAUCAAGAGUAAACUGAUAAGUGGUCUUAUUGGUGAGAAUUUGGAAUCGUACAUAAAAUUGAAAAGAACAACAUACAAAUCUGACUUACUCAAAAUUUUCAAAGAGAUGCAAACACAUUGUUCUCAUUAAAAAUUAUAUAUUUAAUAUGAAAUUUAGUGUACUACUUUUUGAUACAAUAAGCUCUCUAAGCAUACAGAUUUGACUCCCAAAAAUUCUUGUAUAGUUCAUAUCUGGGUCUCUGGCUAAUAAGUUUGUAGACCACUGCUUUAGAACGUUGCUUAAAUUUUUCUUUUCGAUUUUGUAUUUUCUGUCCAAUUUUCUCAAAUCCCUAGUUUUCUGUGAGAUGCUUUAACUAAAGCUUCUCUUCACUUUUUUGGCAUUUUUGUUGCUUUUAUGCCUAAUUCUUAUUUCAAUCUGAAUACGGAUCUCAACGCGUCAACAGAUAUCUUAAAUUGUUUGUCUGUUAAUCACAAAGUGAUUAACUGUUAACGAUUUCUUCAGAUCUUGUUCUUCAGAGAUUGCCCAUGAAACUUGUCAAUAACUAAACUUCCAACAACUACGUUAUGUUUAUACUAGAGACAUUUGACAAGUGCCAAACUACUAGAAGCAUUAACAUUCAGUUAAUGCCUACUUAGUUGAAAUUUAUUAAAACGGAGCGCCCGUUAGUUAGUGGGAGUCUUCUUUAACUUUAAUGGGCGGUAAACUAGUACCUAAAGAGUUGAGCAUGGUUUAGUGGACACGCAGAGACCUAAGAGUAACAACUAACCAAUUAUUUUUAUAAUAUUCACGUGAAUACUGCUAUGGAUAUUUUCAGAAAUAUGUAAAAAGUGUUGUUACUCGCGAUAGUUGUUUAGCUAUUAAAGAUUUUUGAUGUACACAAGAAAUGAAAAAAUGAUUCAAUUUGAUGAUGAAAUAUGCCAUCGAUUGGGACUGCUCACAAAGACAGAAAUAAAAUAUUCAGAUCAAAAUAAUAAUAACCAAUACAUACAAAAACAUCAUACAUCCGAAAAAUAUUUACUGAGGCCCCGAAUAUUCCUAAGAAAGCAUAACUCUAAUUCUGAAGACGAGGAAAGAGAUUAUGAAAGAAACAAGAAACUUAAACGAAAAGCCGCACCUUUAAGCAAAUACCGUCGAAGAAACGCUAAUGCUAGGGAAAGAACAAGGAUGAAGGAAAUAAAUAGAGCAUUUGAAACAUUGCGAAAAGUGGUACCACAAAUGGCAUACCAACACCAACAAAAUGAAAAGUUAACUAAAAUAACUACGUUGAGAUUGGCCAUGAAAUACAUUUCAACACUGUCAGAAGUUUUAUCUAAUCAAAGAAGUCUAUCAGAUGAAAACCAUUUUGAGAGAUUUUUAUUGGAAUCAGAUGAAGAAUCUUCAAUUUUUAAAAGUGACACAUCGGAUCAUUCAAUUUUGUCAACAGGCUACACUGUCGAGUUUGAUAAUGAAUCGAUCGAUCAGAUUGAUUUAAAUUCACUUUCAUGUGAUACUUCCCAUCAAUUAACGCAAUUUGAUUCAUUAUUAUUUGAUACUUUUUAAUAAUGACUGGAUCAUAAUUAAGAAGCAAAUUGUGAUGUGGUGAUGUAGAUAUUCCCGAGUUCCAAAAAUAACGACCCAUAUUUCAUAUUUUAUUCUUUGUUUAUUGAUGAAAAAUAUGUAAUACAUUCUAUUGAUUAUGUAAC